AUGAGCCGCAACAUCGCGUUCUCGCGGCCGGCGACGUACAACCCAGCCCUGGUGAAGAAGAGGACGACGGGCGACGACGAUGACGAGUUGGCGAGGCGUCAGCAGCUCAAGGAAGAGCUCGGGCUGACUGACGACGACGACAGAGGGGACAUGGAGAGCUCGCGCGGCGGGGCCGUGUCCGAGUGGCGCCAGCGAUGCGACGAAGCAAUGGCCAAGCUCCAGGUCGCGUUGGAGAACGAAGAGAAAGCGCAGAGCUCGUUGAGCAAGCUCCAGCUCUUGAGCAAGUCCCAAACAGCAAUUUUGAAAACAACGUUUGACAAGAAGCUCAAGUCGAAAGAGUCGAUGGUGCAUGACUUGCUCCACGUCAUUGCCGACCACGAGUCCAAGCUCAAACGAAGCGGCAUCCCGUUUGAAGCGUACGAGCGCCCGACAGAGCGAGACGAGGCCGCAGUCGCCAGCCACGACAACGACGCGCUCGCGUCGCUCAAAGCGCAAGUUGAAGCUCUCGCCGAUGAAAACACCAGCCUUCGCAAGAAACUCGCCGCUGCCGCGACUUUGCCCAUGGCGUCUGCGGCAACGGACGGUUCGGCCAAGGCCGAGAACGAAUCCCCCCACUUGCUGAAGAAGAUUGCGUCGCUCGAGAUGGAAAAGCAGAGUUUGAUCCAGCUUCUCAAGGAUGCCCAACUCAAACUAAGCGCACACAAGGCAGCAGCGACAAAGGCGGCCGCGCCACGGGACAUCGCCGACACGCCGCCGCCUCCGGCCCCCGUCGUUGUGGCGACCACCGAUGAGUACAAAGACCUGGAGCGCAAACUCGCCAAGGUCGAAGGCGAGCUGAAGAAAGCGAACCAAAAGGUGGAAGCAGCAGAAAAAGAGAUUGCGACCCUCAAGUCCACCGACACAUCGCCCACGGACAGAGUCAAGCUGGCCGAGGCCGAGGCCCAACUAGCCGCAGUCACGGCCAUGAUGCACGCGACAAGAAAGGAGCUCGAAGAGUCGUUCCAGGCCAAGCACGACAAACUCAAGCAAGCUGCCGAGGCCGACUUGGCCAAGUUAAAAGACCAGGCGAAGAAAUCCAUUCUGGACCUGCGGAAGAAGCUCGAGUCGAACUCGCGGUCCAGCGCCGACAUGAGUGCACGGCUUGCACGAGCCAAGACGGACGUUGCCAAGCACAAGGCGGAGCUCAAGGCGCUGCGGGGAGACGUCGGGGCGUUGGUCGCGAUGCUCGGCACGGUCACCAAGGACAUGGCGGGCAAGAUCGAAAGCCGAGUGAAGGCGCAAACAGACGCCCUCGCUGGCGUCGUCGACAACUACAAGCGCGAGAUGAAGGAGCGCAAGCGGCUCUUCAACAUGGUGCAGGAACUGCAGGGCAACAUCCGCGUCUUAUGCCGGUUCCGGCCCAUCUCCAAGAACGAGACUGCCAACGGUUGCAAGGUCGUGACCAAGUUUACGGGCCACGAAGAGGUGUCGGUGGUCGGGGACAAGGGCAAGUCCAAGUCGUACGAGUUUGAACACGUGUUCGACAUGCACUCGACGCAGGACCACGUGUUUGCCCAAGUCAAGCCGCUGAUCACGUCCGUCAUGGACGGAUUCAACGUGUGCAUCUUUGCCUAUGGCCAGACCGGGUCCGGGAAAACGUUUACGAUGUCGGGGUCGGCCGAUAACCCGGGCAUCAACCCCCGCGCCCUCCACGAACUGUUUGGACUCAAGCACACCCGCACGCGCGAGUUCUACGACGAAAUCACGGUCAGCAUCAUGGAAAUUUACAACGAAGUGAUCCGCGACCUCUUGGCCGAAAACGCCGCCAGCACCAACCUGUCGGUGCGCCAAGGCUCGAACGGCAACUUUGUUCAGGGCUUGACCAUGGUCCCCGUCAAGGAAGCGGCCGACGUGUUCAACUUGAUCGCCAAGGGCAACCAAAAUCGGUCGACGCACGCCACCGACAUGAACGAGCACAGCAGUCGGUCGCACUCGAUCUUGUCCAUCUACGUGAAGAGCACCAACGUGGCCACCAACGUCGUCGCAAAUGGAAAGCUUCAUCUGGUCGACUUGGCCGGGUCCGAACGGCUGUCCAAGACGGGCGCCGAGGGCCAGCGGCUCAAAGAAGCGCAGAACAUCAACCAGUCGCUCUCGACACUCGGAAACGUCAUUCAAGCCCGCGCCAACAAGCAAAAGCAUGUCCCUUACCGCGAUUCGUCGCUCACGUACCUAUUGCAAGACUCGCUCGGCGGCGACUCGAAGACGCUCAUGGUCGCGUGCUCGUCUCCGGUCGACUACAACGCGGAAGAAACAUUCUGCACACUCAACUUUGCCAGCCGCGCGCGGUGCGUCGAGAUGGGCAAAGCCACCAAACACGUGGCCAAGCCGAAGGAGUAG